AUAUCGAAGGAGUAAUAGAAUUGAAAGAACAAGAAUUUCACCCGAGAGCAAUGCUAUCGAGUAGAUUUUCCUUUUUAGGCGGUCGCGAUUCGGGUGGGGAAGAUCAUUCUCCGAAGGUCAAACUCCUUCCUACAUUGAAACUUGAAGCAGAUAAAGAAGUAUAUCGUCCUGGUGAUCCAGUUGUGGUCACCGUCGAGAUCUCCAAUCCAUCUACUUCGUAUUCAUUUUUAGUUGAAAGACUGAGUUUUGAGAUUAAAGGGAUUGAGAAAUUGGAUGUUCAAUGGUUUGCCACGCAGAAACCGUUGCCAGGUUCAAAGCAAAAGAGAGGGGAAUAUGUUUUCAUGGACGGCUCAACGACUGCCAUGGUUGCAAAUCAGAUCGUUUCUGCUGGCACCAGCAAAUCAUAUGUUGUGCGAAUGCUUCUGCCUAGCAUUAUUCCACCAUCUUACAAGGGUUCAACUGUUCGCUAUUUUUACUAUGUUAGAAGUGCAUUAAUGGGAGAGUGGCUAGUGAUGGAAAAUGGGCAAUCAUUUGCAGAGUCUGUACAAGAUGUUACUAAUAUGGAAGUGCGUAUUCCAUUACAAGUAUGGGUAAAUCAGAAAAGCAAUGGUUUACUGAUGGAAGAAGAACUCGUUCCCUCAACCACUGUCCAUAUGGAUAUCUAUUGGAAAGUGAUGGAUGGAGAUGCUGAUUGGGUUAGAGCAAAUGAUAUUAAUGAUGCUUUAGAGGAAGGAUAUGACAGCUCAAGGGAUGAAGUAUCCUCCGUUUCCUCAUACAAUCCGGUGAAAGAUAAUCUGCACAGAAGCUUCGGAAGUUCAUUAUCAUUGCGUUCUUCAUCAGCAAGAUCUUUAAGCAGGGAUCCUUUGGAAGGUUCCCGGAUGAGUUUUUCUUCACAAAUGGCACUUCCCCGACUCUCUGUGGCUGAGGUUUUACAUGAUUCUGCUGCUGAUGUCUUAUCACCUCAGAAGUCAUUGUCAAUUGUCUCCCCAAGUCACCAACAGAAGUUCAGAAAUCCUUUUUCUGCUGAAGAAGAUGCAGGAGUUGCCUCUUCACCAGAAGCUGCAGCAAUUAACUCUGCUUCAUCAGAAGGCUUCAUUAGAGGAAGGUCAUAUAACAUCAGGCUGGACGACCAAGUUCUGCUUAAAUUUUCCCCAAAAAAUUCCGACUCCAAUUAUUACUUCAGUGAUAUGAUAGGUGGGACUCUAACUUUCUUUCAUGAAGAGAGAGCUCGGAGAUGCCUUGAGGUCUCAAUAACACUGGAAACUUCAGAAACUAUAAAUCGGAGAUUUGUCCACCCUUCUAGAAAGCAUUCCCCCACAAUCACAAAGGUCCAGAGUGACCAUUAUGAAGUUGUUGCAGAUCUGGUGCAGACAAGUUUUCUUUUCUCUAUCCCCAUGGAUGGUCCAAUGUCGUUCUCCACUCCUCGUGUGUCAGUGCAAUGGGUUCUUAGAUUUGAAUUUUAUGCCACUCCAAAGAAUUUGGAUUGGACCAAGUAUGAACAUCCUCUUCUGAUCGAGGGGAGAGAAAAAUGUGAAUGGGUUCUUCCGAUUACAGUGCACGCACCUCCAUCUAGGACUUCUGGGACAAGAACUGAGAAACCUGUCUCUCUGGAUCCCUUGUGGGUGCAUAAUUAAAGGCUUUUCCUUCAAAUGUGAGCCCCUGAACUGAAUUUCUGGAUUAAUCAUGUGUAGAAUACGUGAGAUUUAUACCAACCCCAGAUCUUGGACAUUAAGCUGUGUACAGUCGGUGCUGAAAUUCAUGAUUAUAAGAGUACAAUAUUUUUAUUUUCCGUCCUAUUUCUGUUUUUCCUUUUGUAGAUGGAUGAUUGUCAUGAUUCCAUUUGCACUUCAUUUUGAUUAUGUUGUGAACCAAGUUUUCCAUUGAAUUUUAUGGAUUUUUCUAUUGACCAUUAAAUUUGAUAGAUAUGAUGAUCCCAACUCAUUUGUUUUGCUUUAUACUUGGAUCAAGGCUGAACACUGUAGACAUGAAUAAAACAAACUAGAAUUCCAGCCAAAA